CUGAAGAAUACGAGUCUACAGCUGCAUACUGUAUCCAAGUCGGGGAGUAAUGCCAUGAGUACUGCUUUAUACUGUUUAGACAAGCUUUACAGUGCGCGCGUUGGAAACUAAUAUUCGACUAUUUCUGCUUUCACGUCAGUCACAAGUUAAACCUGCAGGCGCCGAGGGGCGAGGAGGAGGACUGUCGGACAAGCUGCAAACUUAGUCAAAAGCGACUAAAGUCCCUCAACUCACCGGCUAAAGAGGCUUCAAACGCCAACGAGUCAUCCUUUCUGGCUGUUUCAAGGAAAGAUACGCUGCUGGACAUGUGAAUUUAAAAGGAGAUACUUGUCAAGCACAACAAUGAAACCAACGACUGCCCUGUGUUGCUUCGGCGUUCUCCUGACGUGCUUCUUGUUCGGGUCGAGCUCUUCACAAUCAGUAUGUGCUGGUACCGAGAACAAGCUGAGCACGCUGUCCGACUUGGAGCAGCAGUACCGCACCCUGAGGAAGUACUACGAGAACUGCGAAGUCGUGAUGGGCAACCUUGAGAUCACAAGCAUCGACCGCAGUCGGGACCUCACCUUUCUCAGAUCUAUCCGAGAAGUGACCGGCUAUGUGCUGGUGGCCCUGAACCAGUUUGACUACCUGCCUCUGGAGAACUUGAGGAUCAUCCGAGGAACCAAGCUGUAUGAGGACCGCUACUCCCUCGCAAUCUUCCUCAACUACAGACGUGAUGGAAACUUCGGCCUGCGCCAGUUGGGUCUGAAAAACCUCACAGAGAUACUAAGUGGAGGUGUGUAUGUUGACCAGAACAAGUUCCUGUGUCAUGCGGACACAAUCCAUUGGCAGGACAUUGUCAAAAGCCCACGGAUGAAUCCAGUGGUAGUGCCCACCAACAGCAGUGUCACAUGUCAAAAGUGCCACCGUUCCUGUAAUGGUCGUUGCUGGGGACCCAAAGAGGACCAGUGUCAGAGCUUAACAAAGACAGUGUGUGCUGAGCAGUGUGACGGCCGUUGCUUUGGGCCCUAUGUGAGUGACUGCUGCCAUCGUGAGUGCGCAGGUGGCUGCUAUGGACCAAAAGAUACAGACUGCUUUGCCUGCACCAACUUCAAUGACAGUGGGGCAUGUGUGACCCAGUGCCCCCAGCCAUUUGUCUACAACCCCACCACCUUCCAACUGGAGCACAACCCCAGAGCAAAGUACACCUAUGGAGCCUUCUGUGUCAAGAAGUGUCCACAUAACUUCGUGGUGGACCAUAGCUCCUGUGUGAGAGCGUGCCCCAGUAACAAGAUGGAGGUGGAGGAAAACCGCAUUAAGAUGUGCAUUCCUUGUACUGACAUCUGCCCAAAAGCGUGUGAUGGCAUUGGUACAGCCAGCCUACAGACAGCUCAGACAGUGGACUCCAACAACAUUGACAAGUUUGUCAACUGCACCAAAAUCAACGGCAAUCUAGUAUUUCUCAUCACUGGGAUCAAAGGAGACGUCUAUCACAACAUUGAAGCUUUGGACCCAGAAAAACUCAAUGUAUUCCGCACUGUUCGGGAGAUCACAGGCUUUCUGAACAUCCAGUCUUGGCCUGACAACAUGACAGACCUGAGUGUUUUCUCCAACUUGGCAACUAUUGGGGGAAGAUCGCUGUACAGUGGGAUCUCCCUGCUGGUGUUAAAGCAGCAGGGCAUCUCAUCAUUGCAGCUCCAGUCCCUGAGAGAGAUCAGCGCUGGAAACGUCCACAUUGCAGAGAACAGCCAGCUUUGCUACUACAACACUGUCAACUGGACGAGACUGUUCCGUGCCGCAAACCAAAAGGUUCUGGUCCGCAACAACCAAAGCCCAAAGCAGUGCUUAAAGGAACACAUGGUGUGUGACCCACUCUGUUCAGACGCAGGAUGCUGGGGUCCUGGCCCAGACCAGUGCCUCUCCUGUAGAUUCUUCAGCCGUGGACGGAUAUGUGUGGAUACCUGCAAUCUUUAUGAAGGGGAUAGUCGAGAGUAUGCCAAUGGGUCGGUGUGUGUGGAGUGUGAUGGCCAAUGUGAGCGAGCUGACGAUGACUCUUUGACCUGCCAUGGUCCGGGCCCAGAGCAUUGUGUGAAAUGCCUCCAUUUCAAAGAUGGUCCUAAUUGUGUGGAAAAGUGUCCCGAUGGCUUGCAAGGUGCCAACAGCUUCAUCUUCAAGUACGCAGAGGCAAACGAUGAAUGCCAUCCCUGCCAUGCCAACUGCACCCAGGGGUGCAUAGGACCAAGACUGCAAGACUGCAUUGGCUGGAUGGACAGAACCCCUCUGAUCGCAGCAGGGGUGAUUGGCAGCCUCUUCAUGGUGGUGAUCAUGGUGCUGAGCGUAGCAGUGUCUGUGCGCCGGAAGAACAUUAAAAAGAAGAGAGCCCUCCGUCGAUUCCUGGAGACAGAGCUGGUGGAACCUUUAACACCCAGUGGAACGGCACCCAACCAGGCCCAGCUUCGCAUCUUGAAAGAGACAGAACUCAAAAGGGUCAAGAUCCUCGGCUCUGGGGCCUUCGGGACUGUCUACAAGGGUAUUUGGGUCCCAGAGGGUGAAACAGUGAAGAUUCCUGUAGCCAUUAAAAUUCUAAAUGAGGCCACAGGACCCAAGGCUAAUGUGGAAUUCAUGGACGAGGCCCUGAUUAUGGCUAGCAUGGAGCACCCCCACUUGGUCCGCCUGUUGGGCGUCUGCUUGAGUCCCACCAUCCAGCUGGUCACACAACUGAUGCCUCAUGGGUGCCUCCUCGACUAUGUCCAUGAGCACAAGGACAACAUUGGAUCCCAACUGUUGCUCAAUUGGUGUGUCCAGAUUGCCAAGGGGAUGAUGUACCUGGAGGAGCGUAGGCUGGUUCAUAGGGAUUUGGCAGCACGAAAUGUCCUGGUCAAAUCUCCCAACCACAUCAAAAUCACCGACUUUGGUCUUGCUCGCCUGCUGGAUGUUAACGAGAAGGAAUAUAAUGCUGAUGGAGGAAAGAUGCCCAUCAAAUGGAUGGCCCUGGAGUGUAUCCAUUACAGGAAGUUUACUCAUCAGAGUGAUGUUUGGAGUUAUGGGGUAACCAUUUGGGAAGUAAUGACCUUCGGAGGGAAGCCAUAUGAUGGGAUCUCCACCAGAGAUAUCCCAGACCUGCUAGAGAAAGGAGAGCGUCUUCCUCAGCCUCCCAUCUGCACCAUCGAUGUCUACAUGGUCAUGGUGAAAUGUUGGAUGAUUGACGCAGAUAGUCGGCCCAAGUUCAAGGAGCUGGCUGCAGAGUUCACUCGGAUGGCUCGUGAUCCCCAAAGAUACCUGGUCAUUCAGGGUGAUGACCGCAUGAAGCUGCCCAGCCCCAACGAUAGCAAGUUUUUCCAGAGCCUCCUGGACGAGGAGGAGCUGGAGGACUUGAUGGAUGCUGAAGAGUACCUGGUGCCCCACUCCUUCAACAUCCCACCACUUGCAUACACUCCCCACUCACGCAUGGACUCCAACAAGAACCAGUUUGGCUACCAGGACCCCAGUUUCAGCAUGGAGGACAUGCUGGCCACCCUACCCAGAGUGGUUUCUGUUCCACCGGGAUCUGGAAGCUGCCACACUCCACAGGACCUGGCCUCAGGGAGGCAGAUUGGUGGUGGAUUUGGCCGUGGAAACCAGGACGACCCUCGCUGCAACGGCACCCUGAGGAAGCAGGUCUCCCCAAGGUCGAGUACCCUUGGGGCUGGCUCAGCUCUCAUUGCAGGACAAAGUGGAGGGGAGGAUAGUAGUGGACAACGUUACAGUGCCGAUCCAACCGGUCUUUUAGUGGAACGAGGAGCAAAAGGAGACAAGGACCAGGAUGGCUACAUGACUGCCAUGAGAGACAAGAACAACUCAGUAGAGGAAAACCCUUUCGUCACACGUCGUAGGAAUGGUGAUGCCCAUGCAAUGAUUGAUGGAGCAGGUUGCCACACCCUACACAUGGCUGGCGCUGCUGCUGCCCCCAAGAGCCAGUCCAUUCACGGGGACGAUGAGUAUAUCAAUGAGCCACUGUACCUGAAUACCUUCCUUAACCCUGGGGACAAGAAUGGAUUGGCUGGCGCAGUCUCCAUCCCUGGCCCUGGGUCCUCUGCUGCCCAAUCAGUAUCGCAGACAGUCAACCCAUCAACAUCAAGCCACACAGUCUCCUCCUCUGGAUAUGUGGUACCCCCUGGCCACCUCCCCCACCAAUCGUAUCCAUCACACACCCUGCAUCCGGGCAAUUCAGGACACACUCUGCACUCAGGCAUCACCAGCAGCACCAUCAUGUUUGAUAAGAAAGGCAAAAAGGCCACUUUUGACAAUCCUGAAUACUGGCAGCACAGUCUACCCCCGAAGUCCUCACUGCACAACCCUGAGUACCUGCAGGACUGCAGCACGCGUUUCUUCUACAGGCAGAAUGGACGUAUUCGCCCUGCUGUGGCCGAAAACCAGGAGUACUUGUCCGAGGCUGCUAUGAAAGCUGGCAAUGUGUUACCACCCCCUCCAUACAGACAGAGGAACACUGUAGUGUAGUGACCCACCUGUAGCACAAUGGUUGGAUGACUAGAGGGAUAAGGGUGGAGAUGAAUGGACAUUGAACAGUCCUCUCGUUUCCAUGCAGUACUUCUCAACCUGGGUUCUCCUUGUACCCUCCCUGAACACAUCUCUGUUAUGUCUGAUUGCAAGUCUUUUAUUCUCACAAUAGGGUUCUGCCUUUUCUUGACAGGACUACAAUUAACAGUCACCAGUAGCCUCAUUUGACAUUCAUCUUUUUGAGCUCCAUCCUUGGCUGUGACACAUAAAGCAAGUAGACACAUCACUUUGAGGUUGGUUCUGUUCUGGAGCACAAAGUCCUGCCACCUUUAGUAUCAGAAAGGCACAAAAAUAUCACAAUGAGAGAUUGAAAUUCGAUGUUUAAUAAGAGAAAAGGAGAAAUGAACUGUGGUUAGUCCAAAGAGAGGAUUAUCGCCAUGCCCUUACAUACUUUUCUUUAUCCACCCAUGAAUUACUGCUCACCAUGUCCUUCUAGCAUAUUUACCAAAAUAUGCACAUAUUGCUAUUGUUUGUGUGCAGUUUGUCAAAUGACACAUGCACAUGGAGUUGUGUCGUGACUUACCAGCAAACCUGCAGUCAUGCUGAAGAGCCCAGAUGUGGCUUGCAUGCCUGCCCACACGCUUCUUUUACUUUUACAUGUUGGUGCACCACUAAUGGAAUUCAAACAUUUAUCACAUACAGCUCAUAUCAUGCCUACAAUAUGUUAACAGCCUGCAGCCUUGACACACCAAUAAUAACCAUACAUUAAUUCAUAAGUAAACACACACACACACACACACACACUGACAGAUAAGCUUGCUCUCACUUGAAAUAUAUUCUGGAGGAGAAGCUCAAUUGACCUUGUGCUGGAAGACAGAGUAUGCCGAUAAUGGCAGUCAGCGGUGCAGCGCACAGAAAGGGUCAACGGGAAAGUAAAUGUCACCACAGUUUUAUGGAAAGCUGUGAUAUCACCCAGUACCUUGUGGAAAGCAUCCAACAGAUUAUUGGCAUGGCGAGGGUGGGAUUUAAAAGGUUGAUGGCUCAGAAGAUGACCCUUAACUCCUCACAUCGGUAUCCCUUUUGUCCCUCUUUCAUCCACACCAAUCCAGUCUGAAGAGACAGCACACUAUCCACUUCAAUGUUACCCUCAUUAGAUCAUUGUAAUCAGCAUCAUGUCUGACAUAAUCAAGUGCAGUACAAGGAAUUAUAUUUUCAAAGGAACUGGUGCUUGGGAAUGAACAAAUCUUUCAUCUUCUUUCUGACAGGGAAAAGAGCUGAUGGUGAUUGAGAGCAUAUAAACUGAACACGAGGGGAAAAUCUACAAAUUUAGAAUCUGAAUCAUUUUUGUUGCUGUUGUUCUUGUUUAUUUUCUUCUUAGGCAUCAGGGAUCUGUUUACUUUGUCACUUUGUCUUACACUUACUUUUACGUGAACAGCACAGACACCCAGCCACGAAAGAGUACUGUGGAGUUGUUAAAGAGGCUAUCCCUACAGAGCUGUAAAUAAGCCAAUUAUACGUCAUUACCAGACAGACGCAAUCCAGAAAAAACAGCUCAGUGGACCGAGCUGUGUCUGGAUAAAAUACAUCAAAAGACGGGGAUAAAAGAUUUUCUCUGCACCUCAUACUAUAUUAUGUCAUAAAAAGAAAAGAUUAACUUUGACCACAGAGUCACAACUCCUUUAGGGUACAGAUGGUUCAGUAGGAGAGACUGUCAGAACUGUCUAUGAAUGCCUUGUACACAUUUUUACCAUGGAACACCAUGAGAAAAUGGGACGCUUUCUUUUGUAUUGGUGCUUGACAUUAAUGGUGAGACAUCACAAGUUAUCACUGAAUCCACUGAUGGCUAGCUUUCUGUACUCAUACAAUACUGCCAGAUGCCACAGUAAACUCUGAUGGAGACCUCUAGCAUCUGUUGUCAAGUGACUUUGAAGCCUAAUUUAGGCUGAGGUUGAUAAUUUAAUAGCACUUAAUGCUCUGACACAGCCAACGACUUUGCUGUUAAUCUCACUAUAAGCGGCAAUUGAUUUUUGUUUCUCAUUGUGUUGCAACAUUCAUUUACAGUGAGAUAAAGUAGUUUCCACUGCACUGAAGCCUCAUGUUACGUGUUUCAUUUGGCGUUUUACUAACAAAGAAUAUCAUGAUAGUAAUACGUGGGGUUGGGCGAUAUACAAAAAUAUACAACAUCAGAGAAUAGAAAUUUCUCAAUUUUUCAAUUGCAUUCAUAGCUAUGCCUUUGAUAUUUCUUGUUUUACUAGACUCUUGCAGGCACUGUUGACGAUAUUUGAUUUACAGGAUUAUACCUUGAUUGUUUAGGUAUUUAGUUCACUAGUAAAAAGUAAAAAAGUCCAAUUUUAAAAAGAAUGGUCAAAAUUGAAAAAGCAAAGGUCAAGAUAGCCUGACUAAGUCUACCCUAGUAUAAAUUAAGCUCCAAAACACACACUCCUACAAUUUCCAUAAAGCAGUUCUAUAGAAAUAUUUGCAGCUCAACUCAUUUGAACUUCUAAACUAUGCAUCUCCAGUUAAUAGUAAUACAGUCUCAACCCCAAGCAGAGAUCACUCCUUCAUCAAUGACAUCACCAGGGUUUUAUUCUCUCUUCAGAGCUACAGAAGACAUUAUACAGCUGUUUUUAUUCACAGGCUGAGUAGUACAGCUUGUGAUGAGUAAAACCAGACAUUCACAUCUAACGACAUCUAACAUUUCUCAAUCAAAUUUACAGAAAAUUUACUAUACUUACCUUGAUAUGAGAUUUUUUUUUCUAUCGCCCCACCCUGGGUAAUUCUAGGUGAUUAUGUCAUGAAAUUUGAAGACCGAAUAAUGCCUGUGCAUGUCUCACUGCUGACGUACCAAUACACAACCACUGUUACUCAACCUUGUGCCUCUACAUUGAAAACACCAGGCAGAGUGAAAUGUCAGACAAGCAGCACUGAUUAUUUACUGUCCUAAACACAGAUGUUGCCCUGGAACAGUGUUUUCUUCCCCUCUCAGGUUUUAUGGGGAACAAUAAUCAUCCAGUUGUGCUCCAGCUGAGGCACAGGUACCAUAUCAUAAAGGGACGUCAAUCCUACUGAAAUAAAAGUAUAAUGGAAGACAGAUUAGUGCCAUGAUUCCAUUGUAGACCUACUGCUGAAAUGUGCAACUCAACAGAAAUGUGAAAUUACAUUAGUAGGGGGUCAGGAUUUGAAGGGUCAUUGGUCAAGUGUCACUGAAAUUGCUUUGUUACUAGCCUGAUUUAGCUGUGCUGUGCUCCUACACUUUCUGAGAUGUUGAUUGUUCUGCUGAAUUAUAAGUCUGAGCUUACACUUUUGCAUACUUUCUGUGUGCGAAUGUGUACAAUGAAAGUGUCCUCUGCGUGUUUUUAGAGUUAAAAGCCAGCUACGUAAGUCUAUUUUUACCAUCACCCAUAAGGUAUUAGCUGUAGUGCUUGUAGACUAUAGUAUGGCCGUGUUUAAGUGCAAUGAUAGCAGUGGAGAGUCACCCGAAGGCUUUGUAAUGGAUCUCUAUGGAAAAAUAAAGCCAAUCUUCUGGAGGAGCAAACCUGCUGGCACUCUCAGCCAGCAAGCAUCACAAGGGGCUUUUAGCUUUUUGAAUGCUAAUUCAUCCACUUUCCCUUGUUGUUCAGUGGGGAAAUCAUGUUACCCAACAUCUCACCCAGUGCACCAGCUGGGAAACCCUGAACGACAGGCAAUACGUUGUAAUCCUGCAGUUGGGUAAAAAACUACGGUAUUAGCAUUCCAGAAAUGUUACCCGACCAAUGCAUCAAUGUUACAAAAGCUAGCAGGGGAGAAGGUACAAGUGCACUGUAACUGGCAGAGGAGACCAAAGUUGAUUGCCAUUCUCUCUUUCUCCUCUGAGGUGACUAUAGAAUUGUAUGUAGCAAACAUUGUUCUGCAACUGAAGCAGUGGAACAAAGACUAAAACAAUCUGGAAAGGAAAAGUGAUUGUGGUCAAAUGUUAACACGAGUCAAAGUUUCAUGUGAAAAGAUAUAAUGUUCUGCUUGAUAAAGGUAUAGCCUCGUAAGUACAGUAAUUUAAAGGAGCACAAUAACUCUGUGACUGCUCAUCCAGUAAAUCGGCCUUAUAGUAACAGUUCUAUUUAUUUUGUGCAUCUACUUUUGUUUUGGGGUUUAAUGUAUUUUAAACAAAUCUUAUCACAGAUAUUGUAAGUGGUUUAUAAAGUUUUAUUUUUGCUCUCACUUUUGCUCUUCAGGGCGUCAUUGUGGCAACAGAGAGUUUUUUGAAGACUUCAUCAUCUUAUGUCUGUCAUGUUUACGAGCUAUGUCCCAACUCAGGGGCUGGAUGUCUACCCCUCAGAGGAACUCAUGUCCAGGCAGAACCUGAAUAUCAUUCCCAGAUUAUACUAGAUUUAGAAGACCACAAAUAUUGUUUGGUUCAGGUGCUCUGAAGCUUUUGGAAGUUCUCCACCAUACACUUACCCUCAGAUUUAAAUACCAGUGGUCAAUACCUGACUUUACAUUGAUUUUGAAAUUUCAGCCAACACACAGUGGAAAGCCUGUGUUCGCUUUUUCAUUGGGUUAGUUAAUGUAAUCCGAUUAAUAUUUUGUAAAUAUGACAUCACGUGAUAUUUUCCAGAUUGGCAGUUGGCAAAGAUUGCCUGACCACUCAGGUUAACAACAAUUGAUUUGGGGAUGUUGAGCAAUACACAUGACAAACUAGUCAUGUCAUCCAAAGCAAAGGCUGGCUUUAUUUUUCAUUCACAUGUUUGUGGGACCUUUGAAAUCGAACAGCCCUUAUUGGACCAUUAAGGGCCAGAUAUUAAGGACUUUGGAGGGUACAGCCUCUGAACUGGGACACAGUGACUGUAUUUAUAGUGUGUGCUCUAUUUCACUUUUAUAUGCUUUGAUUAUUCAUAUCAUGAGGACAUUUUUCACAGCAUCAGUAAUAUUUAUCCACCUGUAAUGUUAUUGUAUUGGAUAAACAUGUUACAUUUCAGAGAUCUUCAUUUAUUAAUUACGUACACAGCUAGAAAUAGUUUAAGUUGAUGCAUCAUCAAACAAAUCACAUUUUUUUAAAGGGAAAACACAAAGCAGCUGACAAACACAUAUUCUAACACUGUAAUAGAAUCAAACUGUGUAUGGCUGUCAUACUCCGAUUUUACACUGAUUCAUGUGUGUAUAUUCUACUGUACCAUGCCAUGAUAACAGGGGUAGAUGACAGUGGUUGAGUAAGCACAGUUUACAAUGUAUUGAAUUGAUGGUAAAACUGUAAAAUGGAAUUAAUAAUUGUCUUUUAACCAAAUGACAAAGGCAUUUAAAUGAUGGGUCACUCAACAGUUUUACCAUUGUUUAAAAAAAUUUAAAUAAAUAAAAAGUGGAUAGUAUUUUUAUAGGUCGUUAAAAGGUGGCCAGGUGCAUCUGUAAAUAGGACAAUGAUGCUUCUUUUUCCAGCAGAAAAAUUUUGUUUGUUUGUUUUAUUUCUCCUUGCAUCAUUGCAUUUUAGUGGUCUACUGUACCUUUUUUUCCUUUUGGGGAAUAUCUUUUCUGUAUGUAUAUAAAUAUAUAUACAGUAUAUAUAUAUAUAUAUUCUGUAAAUGUAAUUUGAAGAGUGAACUGAUUUUAAAAACGCUUGCAGGGUCUCUAGUCACCCCCACCCCAUCAUUUCCCCUGUGAUUGUGUGAUUGUGUUUUCAGCACAACUUGGUGGAUUUUGUGUUUCGACCUCUGCUCUCGCUCAUUUUGUAGGAGUGCUUUCUUUUCUUUCUUACUUUCUUUUUUUCUUUUUUUUUUUUUACUUUUUACAGCGUGUAUUAUACUUCCACUACCCUCCACACUUCUCUCAGUAUUAUCCACCUCUUGAGAUUUUUUUAAAUUUUGUACACUCUUAAAAUGUUGUUGCAAUACUAAUGAAUAUUCAAUAUGUCAUCCCCCUUUUCUCUCAGUCUUUUCCUAACCAAUGUUAAUGUUAAAUCCACCCUUACACCCUGAGUUUUAAGGACCUAUACUAUAUUACCUUGAGUAGUUUCAUUUCCAUUUGCACUGAGCUCAGUCAUUGUUUACUUUCAGAUGAUAUUCAGCUCUUCAUCCAUUUGGGGCAAUACUGAUUGAAUUGUGUAGCAAUAUCAUGUUACAGCUCCCAGAGUGAUUUAAUGGUGGUUGAGAGACAAAAUGGAAGAUGGUUUGCAUGGGCUGGACUGAUCAUUUAAAUUACUGAUAUUUGCUUGUACAGAGGUUAGUAGGCAAGCUUUUUUGACUUCAUUUUUUUCCUCUGUUCACUUUUUUCCAGAAGUCACAUUUUAACAGGAAGUGAAUAUUUCCAUUUCACGUGAUCUUUACAGGACUUUUUGGGAGUUUUGCCCAUUUGUCACCUUAUUUGAUGUGAGGACUGGCACCAAAAUCAUCACGUUGAACUGUUUUCUUUGUGGCAUUGUAGCAAAUGUAGAGUUCAAGUGGUGCAUCACAAUUCUGAUAUCGAGUGCUGCUGAUGCUCAUUAACUGAAGCUGUUAAAUUUACUAUAAACCCAUCAGGGAGAACAGACUUGUAGGAAAGGUUUAGGGAUGCACAAUUUGAUAACUGGAAUAUUCUUUCAGCUGUAUUAGAUAUUUAAAUUGUAUAAGAUACAAGCACAACUUGUGUUGUUUAUGCAGGAAGUGAGCCGAACUAAAGGUUUAGUGCUGUUUUGUGAUAAUGCUGUAAAUUAAUUCUGCAAUUUUGUUUUCAAAACCUGGAUUACUUUAACAUUGUCAUAUAUUUUGUAUAUCAUGUAUCACCUCACCACAGAUGAUUUUGGUGGCAAUCUUGUCAUUAACAAUA